AAACAAAAUGGCGGAUGACAAAUAAUGACAAAUAAUCUUGUGACAUUUAAUUAUAAGCAAGAAAGACGUUUGUGAUUUUAUGAAAAAUUCAUCCUAUAUCCAAUAAUCCUAAUACAAUGCACGAUGAAUGUGAUUAUUGUCAAAGUGUUAGUUCUAGUCGGUUUGCUUGUGCUGACAUUUGUGUUUGGAAUUAUUCCAGUGAUUCUCAAAAAUGUUUUUAAGAAACGUGCCGACACUGAAAGUCACAAGUCUCGCUACAGAACUAUACUGAGCUUCCUCAGCUGCUAUGCUGCAGGUGUAUUCCUGGCCACAGGAGUUCUUGACCUACUUCCAGAUGUCCGUGUAAGCAUCGGCACUACAUUCGAUGACAUUAGCUUGUUUACUUCAUUUCCGGUGGCCGAGUUUGUGAUGAUGUUUGGUUUCUUUGUAAUAUUAAUUAUAGAACAAAUAGUUCUAUGUGUAAAAGAAGGUCAGACGCAAUCAAAUCAAGAAACUGAACGGAAACCUCUCCUGACUGAUGAUGAACCGGAAAGCUCUGUAAGAGAUUAUUACCGGUCAACUUCAAAUGCCAGUGAACACUCAAUAGGAGGCAUAAGUGAUGAACCAUUUAGUCAUAGUUUUCCUGGGACACCAUCCAGAAGACAUUGUUCCAACUGUGAAGAAAGGAUUUCUGUUGCGAGUGAUCACCACAUUUCAAGACAUGAAGAUCCCGGGGAUGAUAUCCUCCCAGAACAUGAACACUCAUCACUCCGGGCUCUUUUGUUGAUAUUGGCCCUCUCCUUCCACUCAGUAUUUGAAGGGCUUGCUGUUGGACUUCAGAAGAAAACUGAAGAUGUCAUAGGAAUAUUUGGUGCCUUAGUUAUUCACAAGUCAAUCCUCAGUUUCUGCUUAGGAAUGAACUUAAUAGAGAGCAGAUUGUCACAAGCUGGAAUCAUCCGAUCAAUUGUAUUCUUCUCAAUAACUGCACCAAUUGGAAUCGGUAUUGGAAUUGGCAUUAUGGAUUUAUGGGACUCAAAUAACUCAUUGCUUGUUCAAGGAAUACUUAGUGGGAUUGCUUGCGGAACUUUUCUGUACGUGACAUUCUUCGAAGUCCUCCCAUCAGAGUUCAAUUGCCCUGACCACAGACUCCUGAAAGUCCUGUUUUUAAUUUUGGGUUUCGCUACAGUAACUUGUGUUUUGUUUCUAGAUAAAGACAAUGGUCCUACCUGCUAUGUUAAGCCACAAUGAUUAGAUCUGUUGGUUCUAUUGUGAUUUUAAUUGAAGUUCUUAAUGUUAAAAAUAUUUUAUUGUAAUAUUGACAUAUUUUACUGCUGUAAGGUUCUUUUUUCAUUUACAGCUUUGUAUGAAAGAUCUGUUAAACAUAUUCAUAUAGAAAGAACAAAUGAGUUAUACAUAAUACUGUAAUGCAUUAAAUUUAAUUUGUUUCUUGUAUGCAUACAUGUACAUCAUAACAUGUAUAUCAAGUGUAAACCUAUAUUGUGCCCCUUUAAUGCAUAGCAAGUUCUAAAAACUAUAUUCACAUGAUGUUGUUAUUGAUUGACUAAAGAAGUGGAAUAAGUUUAUAACCAAUAUAUGUCAACUUUAAUAACUGAUACAUUUAAUAUUUUUCACACACAAAUAAGUCACAAUAUGCCCAUUAUAUUGAUGAUUAUGCUUCCUUGAAUGAAUAUUGUCAUUUUAAUGAUUUGUCAAGACUUUCAUACUUCGCUAGUUGCUAUUUUUUUUCCUUUUCUUUGCUGAAAUGUGAAACUUGGUGUCAUAACAUACUCAUUUAUCUAAAACAAGAUUAUGGAAACAUCUGUUCGAAUUAUAAACACUUUAAAACAAAUGUUUAUAUAAAGAUAAGCUUUAAAUAUGUGCUUCCCUAAAAUUGCACUGCCCAUCCCUGAAUAUGAUCCAUUAAAAGAUCACACUUAGAUUUUAAUGAUAAUGGAAUGCUGCAUACAUGUAUAGAUAGACUAUCUGAGUGGGGGCUGUAACUUUUACAUGCAUGGAGGGAUUUUAAAGUAAAUUAGCAAAUGUGUUAAGUUUGACAGACAAUGUGUCUUGUGCAGGACACAAAACCCUUCUUCAAAGUUCAAGAUCACACUUAAAAUUUGAUCAUUAUUCAUUGCUGCAUUUUACGCAUAAAUAGGGUUUAGAUGGUCGAGUUCUGGUUGUAACUCUGUCAUGAAUGAACAAAUUAUAAAUUACUUGGCAGAUGUGUUGGAUACAGAAAUACAUGUCACUGUCACCUUUUAGACCCACAUCUCUUUUUGAAAGGUCAAGGUCACACUUACGGGCUCAUUAUUAUGGAAUUCUGCAUAUAUACAGAUAGAAUAUAGUUGAUUGUAUUUGGGCUAUAACUUUGUUAUGUGGCAUGCCUGGAUGGAUUUUGAAAUAAAAUGGCUUAUGUUCAGUACUUUAAGGCAAUGUGUCAUUUAUAAGACAACCCUUCUUCAAAGUUAGAGAAUCACUAGAGUUGGAUCAUUAUUGAAUGUUGCUUAUCUACACAUAGAGUGUAGAUGGUCGUGUCCAAGCUGUAGCUUUGUCAUGCCGGGAGGGAUUUUUAAUAUUUCUUGGCACAUGUUUGGUACAUAAAGGCAAUGUAUUGUGCAACCUGCAUCGCCUCCCAAAAAGUCAACCUUACACUUUUAGGGUAAUUAUUAUAGAUUGAUGCAUACAUGUAUACAGGGUCAUAGAGAAAUGGCACUUGUUUCUGGGUCUGUAAUUUUGUCAUGCAUAGAAUAUGCCCCUUAUGUCCAUGAAGGUGUUCAUAUUAAAAUCAUGCUGUAUGUCUAACUGUCCUUCUACUCUAUUAAACGUUAUUUUACCAUGCUUGGAAGGAUUUUACAAUAACUUAGCACAUGUAUUCUGUACAUAGUAGACAUGACAUGUGCAGGACCCAUCUUGAAGAUCAUAUACCAUUACAUUGUAUGUGUAAUGUGAAAGACCCAUGUCCCUUCCUCCUACUUCAUCACUCUCACAUACUUGAGGUUAACCAUCAUGGGGGCUGGCAUAUGCUUAUAUUAUGUUAGCUCUCCCAGAAUGGAGGUACAUGUAUAUCAGAAUUUGCAUAAUCUAUUAAACAAAAUGACACUUCGGGGACAUUCGUCUUUACUGUGACAGCUGUUGUUAGUUGAAUUUUUAUCUAUUUUUUAAUGUAGGUAAAAUUAUGUUGGUAGAAUGCUUUUAUGGAGAAUUUAAUCUGUACUUGGGAAGUUAUAUGGAUGAGCAAUUGUUUGAAAAUAUAUUAAAUCAUAUUUUACAUAUAUAACUCUUGCAUGUAUUAAUACUAUUAUGAAGUUUUGUUGGUACAAUAUAUGUUCUAUUUCAUUAAAUGUUUAAAUAGUUUAAAGUUUAAAGAAAGUAAUAAAAGUACGUACUUGA